AGGAGGAAGAGGAGGCCAACUCAUCUGACACAAGCAGAGGACCACAAGAAGGCAGAAGGCGGGCAGUGCUGGGGGAAAAAAAGACAGACGAGGAUUUAAAAGAAGACAAAAGUCGCAUGGAACGUCUUUUAAGGUGCUAAAGAAGAAGGAAGUUUGAAAGAUCUUCUCGUAGACGACACAAUGUCCACGCCGCCGCCAGCAGACAACAGCCGCGAAGACGCCAACAAUCGCAGCUUCUGGAUGCCCGGCAACUACCAGCGCACGGUGAAGCGCACCGAGGACGCCUUCCAAGCGUGCAACGAAAUGGUGACGUGCUUCCAGGAGAGGGCGCGUGUGGAGCGUCAGUACGCGCAGCAGCUCAGCGAGUGGAGCGCCAAGUGGACGCCCGUGGUGGACUCCACGCCUCUGUACGGAUCCCUGCUGAAGGCCUGGCAGUCUUUCCUGUCCUCCGCCGACCGCCUGGCCUCCCUGCACGCCUCCAUCUGCCGCUCGCUGGUGGCGGAGGACGGCGAGCGGGUCCGAACCUGGCAGAAGGACGCCUUCCACAAGAAGCUGUUUGGAGGCUUCAAGGAGGCCCAGGAUGCCGAGGCGGGCUUUGCCCGGGCUCAGAAACCGUGGGCCAAACGACUAAAGAAGCUGGACAAAGCCAGGCGGGCGUACCACAAGGCUAGUCGUAAAGAGCACGCCGCCAGGGAGCGUGAGACCAACGCCUUGGCAAACUCGGACGUGGCCGCCGACAAGCAGAAGAAGAUCCGGGAGGACAGAGAGGUGGUUCAACAGGAGGCUGAGAAAGUCAGAGCCCGCUACGAGAAGGUUCUGGAGGAGGCCAACCGCUACGCUCCUCGCUACAUGGAAGAGAUGGAGGCCAUCUUUGACCAGUCGCAGGAUGAAGAGCGCAAGAGAAUCGUCUUCCUCAAACAAGCCUUCCUCUCCUUUGACAAGCAUCUUGAUGUCACCACUAAUGAGAGCGUGAGAGAAGUGUACAGCGAGCUGCACAACACGGUGACAGCCAUCGACGAGCAGGAGGACUUACGAUGGUGGAAGAACACCCAUGGACCUGGCAUGCCCACCGACUGGCCACACUUCCAGGAAUGGAAGCCAGAGAAGAAAAGCAAAAAAGGCAAGAUGGAAGUCGAGCAGAAAGGAACGUUAGAGAAGAGCGAGGUGAUGAAGACCGGCGGCGUGAGGGUGAGGGCGCUGUACGACUACGUGGGCCAGGAGACGGACGAGCUGUCCUUCAAAGCAGGCGAAGAGUUUGUGAAGACGGAGGAAGAGGACGACCAGGGCUGGUGUCGGGGGGUGAAGGACGGCGGCUGCGAGGGGCUUUACCCCGCUAAUUACGUAGAGGUGGUUUAGGAACAUCUGAUUCCGUCCCUGUGGAAGUCUGCUCAAAAACAUGCUGUAAAAAAUGUAGCUGUUAGCCAAAGAUCUGUGAAGGUUUUUAACGUGCGGAGAUUUGAAUUGAGACGUUUAUUUUCACGAAAAGUCAGACCGCUAAGAUGUUUGUCGUUACAUUCCUCGUCUAACACAACCUGUCUAAAGAGUUGCUUUUCCGUCCAAAAGCGGCUAAUACAGCUCACGCUGCCGUUUUGUAAUCUCACUAAGAAAACGCAUCCCUGUGUACAUUUAUGUUGUAUUUAGUUAUAUUUCUAUAUUUUUGCAAGCACAUUUAGCAAUGUUUUGAUGUGACGCUAAUCAAACACACGCUGGUUCGUUUUUUUGUGACAAAUUAUUAAGAUAAAUAUCGGUGCUAUUUUAAAAGUCUAAUGUUAUUAAUAAUGUGCUUUGAUAAGAAUAUAACAGGCUAAAGCAGGGGUGUCCCAACUUUUUCCACUGAGGACCAGACACUGAAAAAUUAAAGCAUGUGGAGAACAUUUUUAUACUUUUUAUUUUCUAUAGUAUAUGUUUUUUUUUAUCUUUAGGGCGCCCCUUAAGUUUGGUCCCAGCUCUCAGUCAUACAGUUGUCAAAAAUAAGUCAUAUAUUAUUUUUUUAUUAUUAUUAUUUAAUACUUAAAGGCCUACUGAAAUGAAAUGUUUUUAUUUAAACGGGGAUAGCAGAUCCAUUCUAUGUGUCAUACUUGAUCAUUUCGCAAUAUUGCCAUAUUUUUGCUGUAAGGAUUUAGUAUAGAACAAGGACGAUAAAGUUCGCAACUUUUGGUCUCUGAUAAAAAAAAGCCUUGCCCCUACCGGAAGUAGCGUGACGUAGUCAGUUGUUCGCCUCCUCAUAUUUUCCUAUUGUUUUCAACGCAGCUAGAGCGAUUCGGACUGAGAAAGCGAUGAUUUCCCCAUUAAUUUGAGCGAGGAUGAAAGAUUCGUGGAUGAGGAACGUUAGAGUGACGGACUAGAAUGCAGUGCAAGACAUAUCUUUUUUCGCUCUGACCGUAACUUAGGUACAAGCUGACUCAUUGGAUUCCACACUCUCUCCUUUUUCUAUUGUGGAUAACGGAUUUGUAUUUUAAACCACCUCGGAUACUAUAUCCUCUUGAAAAUGAGAGUCGAGAACGCGAAAUGGACAUUCACAGUGACUUUUAUCUCCACGACAAUACAUCGACGAAACACUUUAGCUACGGAGCUAACGUGAUAGCAUCGUGCUUAACUGCAGAUAGAAACAAAAUAAAUAAAUCCCUGACUGGAAGGAUAGACAGAAGAUCAACAAUACUAUUGAACCAUGUACAUGUAAAUACACGGUUAAUGCUUUCCAGCCUGGCGAAGGUUAACAAUGCUGUUGCUAACGACGCCAUUGAAACUAACUUAGCUAGGGAGCUAACGUGAUAGCAUCGGGCUCAAAUGCAGAUAGAAACAAAAUACAUAAACCCCUGACUGGAAGGAUAGACAGAAAAUCAACAAUACUAUUAAACCAUGAACAUGUAAAUACACGGUUAAUGCUUUCCAGCUUGGCGAAGCUUAAAAAUGCUGUUGCUAACGACGCCAUUGAAGCUAACUUAGUAUAACGGGACCUCACAGAGCUAUGAUAAAAACAUUAGCGCUCCACCUACGCCAGCUAGCCCUCAUCUGCUCAUCAACACCCGUGCUCACCUGCGUUCCAGCGAUCGAUGGAAGGACGAAGGACUCCACCACGAUCAUCCGUGCGGUCGGUGGCUAGCGUCGGCUAGCGCGUCUGCUAUCUGAGUCAAAGUCUUCCUGGUUGUGUUUCUGUAGUCCGCCGCUAAUACACCGAUCACACCUACAACAUUCUUCUUUGCAGUCUUCAUUGUUCAUUAAACAAAUUGCAAAAGAUUCACCAACACAGAUGUCCAGAAUACAGUGGAAUUAGGAGAUGAAAACAGAGCUUUUUGUAUUGGAUUCAAUAGGGUACCGAUACUUCUGUUUCACUGGUUACGUCACGCGCAUACGUCAUCAUCCAAAGGCGUUUUCAACCGGAAGUUUAGCGGGAAAUUUAAAAUUGGACUUUAUAAGUUAACCCGGCCGUAUUGGCAUGUGUUGCAAUGUUAAGAUAUCAUCAUUGAUAUACACUACCGUUCAAAAGUUUGGGGUCACAUUGAAAUGUCCUUAUUUUCAAUGAAGAUGACUUUAAACUAGUCUUAACUUUAAAGAAAUACACUCUAUACAUUGCUAAUGUGGUAAAUGACUAUUCUAGCUGCAAAUGUCUGGUUUUUGGUGCAAUAUCUACAUAGGUGUAUAGAGGCCCAUUUCCAGCAACUAUCACUCCAGUGUUCUAAUGGUACAAUGUGUUUGCUCAUUGGCUCAGAAGGCUAAUUAAUGAUUAGAAAACCCUUGUGCAAUCACGUUCACACAUCUGAAAACAGUUUAGCUCGUUACAGAAGCUACAAAACUGACCUUCCUUUGAGCAGAUUGAGUUUCUGGAGCAUCACAUUUGUGAGGUCAAUUAAACGCUCAAAAUGGCCAGAAAAAGAUAACUUUCAUCUGAAACUCGACAGUCUAUUCUUGUUCUUAGAAAUGAAGGCUAUUACACAAAAUUGUUUGGGUGACCCCAAACUUUUGAACGGUAGUGUAUAAACUAUCAGACUGCGUGGUCGGUAGUAGUGGGUUUCAGUAGGCCUUUAACUCUCUUGAUGAACUUCAGGUCUAUCAGUCAAUAUAAAAUCAAACAUUUGUUUUAUGUUUUUGUCAAAGAAAACUCUGUUUUUUUAAUGGCAAAAACACAAAAUACGCAAUAUUUUCCCCGAAAAUUAUGUCAAAGUGGAAUAUCUGGAGCCUUGAAUAGGUAAAUAAUUGAUUUUGAUUAAUUAUUAUUUUUUGAGCAACAACAGUUUUAUAGGAAAAAAAACAACCUCCAUGUUUUUAUACAAUAAUUUCCCCCCGAAAACAUUUUUCAAAGAGGAAUAUUUGAUGUGAAGUAGUUGGAGCCUUGAAUAGGUCAAUAAUAAAUAAAUAAAAACAUUAAUUUUGAUUCAUUACUAUUUUUUGAGCAAUGACCGUUUUAAAGACAAAACAUCCUCCAUGGCAGCUUUGUGUUAUUCUAGUCAACAUUGCAACUUAGUCUCAUUACAUUUCACCUGUUUGUUUUGUUCCACUUUUUAAUAUUUUUAAUAGUAUUUUAGAAUGGACCCGGGCCGCACUUUGGACACCCCUGGGUUAAAAAGGUAGCAUCAGUCCAAACUGAAGUAAACACAUUUCUAAAACCACUUUUUUUUCCUUUAAAUAAUGUUUUUGUUUAUUUCUAUUGGUAAAUCUUGUUUAUCUCUAUGAAUGUAUAUGAAUAUAUAUAUAUAUAAAUAUAUGUGUAACUUUUCCGUCAAGAUUCUCUUGUUAGCUCCUUUUUCUUAGGAAAUAAACUAUUGAAAGUUGAAAUGUGCGACGCAAACAUUGUGUGUGUGCGUGUGUGUGUGUGUGUGGUGUGUGUGUGUGUGAUGUGAGUCAUCACGCCGUCACCCUGAGGGGUGUCUCCGCCCGGGUCAGAUGUCCAGUGUCUGCACUCAAACGCACACAGAGUGACGCUCCAGACUCGGGGUGACGGGGGUCAAACGCUGCUCUUUAUCCAGACAUCACUAGUCGAGUCAGACAUCAUCAACAUGGCCGCCAGCUUCUCGGAGCGUGAUCAUGAAUCAUGCUGGUGAGUUGAUACACACACUUAUAUACACUAUAUUGCCAAAAGUAUUUGGCCACCCAUCCAAAUGAUCAGAAUCAGGUGUCCUAAUCACUUGUCCCGGCCACAGGUGUAUAAAAUCAAUCACUUAGGCAUGGAGACUGUUUCUGCAAACAUUUGUGAAAGAAUGGGCCGCUCUCAGUGACCCGAUAGAACACCUUUGGGAUGAAUUACACUGAGACUCAGAGCCAGGCCUUCUCCACCAACAUCAGUGUGUGGCCUCACCAAUGCGCUUUUGGAAGAAAGGUCCAAAAUUCCUAUAAACACACUCUUGCAACCUUGUGGACAGCCUUCCCAGAAGAGUUGAAGCUGUAAUAGCUGCAAAAGGUGGAUCGACAUCAUAUUGAACCCUAUGGGUUAGGAAUGGAAUGGCACUUCAAGUUCAUAUGUGAGUCAAGGCAGGUGGCCAAAUACUUUUGGCAAUAUAGUGUAUGUUUUGGAUAUUAUUUUCCAUUUUCUUCGAGUCAGACAAUAUUUUUGGUACAAUGGAUGGAAUUUUCAAAAGUAUGAUCCGUCUAAUGUUCGGAGCAAUCUCUAAAAUGGUCGCCCACCUCUUAUGCUUUUGUCUAUCUUGCCCGCCAACGUGCCUUGGCGUCGUUAUGCCUAUUAAAAAUAUUCUUAA